AUUCGAAUGAACGCGAUGCAGGGAACUUACUGGUGGCAGCGCCGCCUCCUAAUGAUUUCAAUCCCAGAACUGUACCAGUUACUGAAGGGUCAAAUUAAUAUGGAUGAGACGAAGGAUCCUAUUGAAAGUUUUAAGACAUUCAAUGAUUUUUUCGUAAGACAAUCGAAACCCAGUGCCAGGCCAAUUGCGUACAACGAUCAGGACAAUAUUGCUACCUGUGCUGCCGACUGUCGUUUGAUGGCUUUCAGUUCUGUUGAUGAGAGCACAAGAUUUUGGAUAAAGGGACGCAAAUUUUCAAUUGAAGGUCUCCUAGGGGCGGAUGCGCACUCUGAUGCUUUUAUUAAUGGAUCGUUGGUAAUUUUUCGGCUUGCACCUCAGGACUACCAUAGGUUUCAUGUACCUGUGUCAGGAACUGUAGAGAAAUUUGUGGAAAUUCCUGGAUGCUUGUACACGGUCAAUCCUAUUGCCGUGAACAGUAAGUACUGUAAUGUAUUUACCGAGAAUAAAAGAGUCGUCUCAAUAAUCUCAACUUCAGAAUUUGGAAAGGUGGCAUUUGUUGCCAUUGGAGCAACUAUGGUAGGAAGCAUCACAUUCCUGAAAAAAGAGGGGGACUACGUCCACAAAGGAGAUGAGUUUGGGUAUUUCUCCUUUGGAGGGAGCACGGUAAUCUGCGUCUUUGAGAAGGACGCAAUACAAUUCGAUGCUGAUCUUGUUGCGAACAGUGAAAGGUCACUGGAAACCCUUGUUGAGGUUGGCACGACGUUGGGCACCUCCAAACGGAACAGAGAGCUACAAGUUCCAGACCUACAGAAGUGUACAGUCGAAUGAUAGUAGUUAGGGAGUGCAAGGCAGCACGGUACAGAUCUGUAAAGUACCUGUAGGAAUUAGUGGAGUAUAUCUGAUAGUAAGUACCUGUUGCUGGAGCAAACCAUUCGCGCAAAUCACAUUUGAUGUAUCUUCUAUGAAAUUAAGCUGAACGAUUUGAGCCAUGAAUGUACCUGACAAUCGACCAAUUC